UCAGUUGGGUUUGUCCACAGGCCGACUCUUGUCAUGGUGUCUGAAAGCACAUGGAUGCUCUGUCCCUCCGCAGGGAGGUUGGGAGCUUGCUAUCUCAGAGUUCCAAGUGACUUCUGUGGGGUCUGCUGUGUUGGUCUCUCGCCUUCCUCCCUCCUUCUACCUCAGCAGCAGGACCUGUCCCCUUGCCUGCAGGCCCCAGUGAAUGCUCUCUUCUUGUUGUCUGCACAGGCGGGUGAUGAGUUUGUGGCGAAGACCCUGAGCUGCCUCUCUACCAGCACUGACGCAGCAUCCGUGGUGCAUAGCACAGACUUGGUGGUGGAGGCCAUCGUGGAGAAUCUCAAGGUGAAGAAUGAGCUUUUCCAGCGGCUGGACAAGUUUGCUGCAGAACAUACAGUCUUUGCCAGCAACACCUCUUCUCUGCAGAUCACAAGCAUAGCCAAUUCCACCACCCGACAAGACCGAUUUGCCGGCCUCCACUUUUUCAACCCAGUCCCCAUGAUGAAGCUUGUGGAGGUCAGUAGGCGCCUGGACCUCUGUGCUUUUGCUCUCUAGCUUUUGCAGUCCUAC